AUGCGUAGUCAUCAAAGCCGGGGUCAAGGAGCCAAGAGUUCAGGGCACAAGAUAGGAACUUGGAACACGGCGGCACGAGUUUUGGCCUCGCCAUCGCCAGAGUUGCUGGAGGGAGAGGCCGCCACUCUCACCUGCGAUGUGCUUGGAAGUGUGCCGGGUGACGGUGCCACCUUCUCUUGGUACAAGAACUCCAGGCGCAUCCCGAACAACAACUCCAGCACACUCGCUUUCCUGCAAAUCACCAGCAGGGAUGCCGGCUCCUACCACUGCAAGGCCCACACUAGCGAGGAGACCAGCCCGAGCGCCUCCUCCCCACCUCUCAGCGUCACCGUCUUCUACUCGCCGCGGAAGCCCCAGCUGACUUCCUUCCUGCAGACGCAGGGUGGCCCAGUGGCUGUCCUCCAGUGCACCGUUGACAGUGUGCCCCAAUCCCUCCUGGACAUCUUGAAGGUGGAGAUCCGGGAUGUGGUGAUGGAAGACGAAGGGGGCUACACGUGCUGGGCCAGCAACCUCUACGGGAACAGCAGCGUCUCUAUCAGGUUCACUGCAGAGGCGGCACGGAUCUGGAUCUCCCCUCCAGAUGUUCUCGAAGGGGACUCCGCGAACCUGACCUGCGCCAUCGACAGUGGUGCAGCUGGAGACCCACACUACACCUGGUACAAGGACCACAGGUGGUACGCAGAGGGGCCCUCCCGGGCACUGUCCCUUCCCAAGGUCACUGUGGCCGACGCAGGGACCUAUUACUGUGCAGUGGAGACAUCCGAACGGGUGCGGAACUCCUCCCUGGGCACCCUGAACGUGCUUUACCCACCUAGGAACGUCCAAGCGGUGUCCUUCCUGGAGGCACAGGAUGGGCAGCUGGCCAUCCUGGUGUGCUCCGUCGACAGCAACCCCCCGUCGGAAGUGUCGCUCCGCCAAGGCGAUGAGGUCCUGGCCUCCACCGGCUUUUCCCGAGGCCACGGAGUGCUCCCUGACCCCCGGAUGAGGGUGGCUUCCUCUCCCAACUCCUUGAGACUGGAGAUCAAAGAGGUCCGCUUGGAUGAUGAAGGGCGCUAUGAGUGUCUCGCGAGCAAUGGCAUCGGCAUGGCGAAGGCCUCCCUGGACCUGGCAGUGGAGACUACCAAGGUUGUGGUCAACCCAUCUCCCGAAGUCCACGAAGGGGAUCCCGUCUCUCUCACCUGCGAAGACAUCAGCUCCACGUCCGGCGUUCUUUACACCUGGUACAAGAACACCCAAUGGCUGGCCGAGGGUGCCACCAACUCCCUCAUCUUCCAGGCGGUAACCCCAGGAGACGCAGGGGCCUACUCCUGCCAAGUGCGCAGCACAAAAGGAAUCCGGACCUCUCCGCCUGCCCCCAUGCGCGUCCUCUACGCUCCCAAGGAGGUCUCGCUGGUCUCCUUCCUGGAGACGCAAUCCGGGCACCAAGCCAUCAUCCAGUGCGCCGUUGAGAGCCAUCCGUUGUCCGACAUCGCCCUGCACAAAGGACAGGAGAUGGUGGCUUCCAGCUGGAGUUCAGGGGAACUGCCUGCCCCACGGCUCAACGUCCACCGGGCCCACAACUUCCUGAAGGUGGAAAUCAAGGGGGUCGGCCUGGAAGACGAAGGGCAGUACCGCUGCUUGGCUAACAACACCUAUGGAGCCGCCACGGCCUCUGUCUACUUCAGCGUGGAGAGUGCGAGAAUCACGAUUGAGCCUUCGCCAGACAUCCAGGAAGGGUAUGCGGCCAACUUGACCUGUGUGGUUGCCAGUCGGGCUGCUGGAGAAAUGAACUACACCUGGUACAAGAACAGCCAGUGGCUCCAGGACGGGCCCAGCUGCUCCCUGCUUCUGGAGAGCGUUGCCAGAGAUGACGCUGGCUCAUACCACUGUCGGGCAGAGGGGGAGACGGGAAGCGUGACUUCUGGCCUGGUCCUCUUGAACGUGCUUUAUUCCCCUCGGACUCCCACCCUAAGCGCCUUCCUGGACAACCAGAGCGGGCGAGUCGGGGUCAUCCGCUGCCAAGUCGACAGCCACCCACCGUCCGAGCUGGCCCUCUACAAAGGGGGCUGCAUCCUGGCUCACACCCAGGGGACCCGCCCCGCAGCCGCUCGGCGGUUCAGAGCCCUGCAGUCCUACAACAGCCUCCGGGUGGAGAUUCGGGACCUGGUGGCAGAAGAUUCGGGGCGCUACGUCUGCCUGGCCAGCAACCCCUUGGGCAAUGGGACCGCUGCCUUGGAUUUCAGCGCAGAGACUCUCUCGGACCUCCACUUCUUCAAAGUCCUGGCAGGGGUCUUCAUUGGCAUGGCUUGCACAGCUGUGCUUUGCGCCAUGGCCUUUGGAGUCCGAACAAACUGGAGCAGGAUCAAUGAGCAGCGGAAGAAGUGGAAGCUUUGGGGGACCCCAAAAACGGAACUGGUGGAGAUGGAGAAGAAAGAAGCGGAAGCCCAGGCGCUGAACGAACAAGAUCCUGGAAUUCCUCUUUGCAGAUGAUUCUGUUCCGGCUAUCUGAGGCUACAAGCGAAGAGCAGAAUCCCCCCCAAGGAAACCCCGUCCAGCCAAAGCAACACCAGCUUCUUCUGAACUGCAGAAGUCAGUCUCCAGGGACAGCUGCUACAGCUCAGCCCAGGACCUCACCGGGCAUCUGGAGCUUCCUUAGAUAAGGGAGGGGAGAGCCAGAAGCACCAACUUAAUCGGGUUUUCCAAGGGCUCCGUAGCCCUGUGGUUCCGGUUCCCCCAGAUUUCAGCCAUGAUCAGAUUUCAUUUUUGGAAGCUCACCUUGGCAGACAGCUAAAGAGCUCUUCCCAUCCUGCAUCUCCUCUUGCCCACCGUC